UCCGUUCCGUACGUCGCCGGCCUCCGCUGAUCGAUCGGGUACGGGUUUGCAUCGAACCGCGAGAAAUUUCAUGGAGGUGGUGGUGCGUACGGUUCCUGGAGUCCGGAGCUGCUUCGCCGCGCUCCCUCUCCCCGUCAUCCAAGCGCUCGAGCGUACCUCCGCCGCCGGCUCCCUCCCCGCCGUCCUCGCCCUCGAGCUGCGCACCCCUGACCGGUCGCGCUGGCGCCUCGCGUGGGCAGGCGCCGUCUCUGCCUCCCCCAAUGCGGUCGAGGUUUCUCAGCAGUUUGCUGCGUGUAUUUUGUUACCUGACAAUACAAAGGCAUCGCUAAGUGCUGUUUCUGUGUUGCCAAAAGCCAAAUUUGUUUCCGUCGAGCCAGUAAGCGAGGAGGACUGGGAAGUACUGGAGCUUAACUCAGAGCUGGCAGAAGUGGCCAUUUUGAAACAGGUUGGUAUUAUUUAUGAUGGUAUGAAAUUCCCAUUAUGGCUGCAUGACCAUAACAUUGUGGAAUUUCUUGUUGUUUCAGCAUCACCUAGUAACUCGAUAGUUCAACUUGUUCCUGGAACUGAAGUUGCUGUUGCACCAAAGAAACGAAAAGAUGGCUCAGAUUUUAAUCAGUGUGCCCUUAAACAAGAUUCACUCAAAGAACAACCCCAUAAAAAGGCACUGCUCCGUGUUCAGGAAGCGGGAGAGAAAUAUGUACAUCGAUUUGAAUAUAAUGGAAUUCAACUGGGUGUGUUUGUUACAUAUGUUGUUCAGAUACACCCAGAUACUGCUGCAAAAUUGUCUCUCGGUAAUCUCCAGUCAGUCAGUAUCACCCCAAAAUUCUCGCCAAAGGGCAGUACAGAAAAUGCAAAAGGAUCUGAUCAGCAGAUUAAGGGUUCAGUGUCUGGUAUAAAGAGGAAUAGGCAUAUCGUUGUCCAUAUCAUAUUAUCAAAUUCUGUUGCUAAAGGGCAUAUUAUGCUUCCUCAAUCCAUCCGCUGUUACAUUGGAACAGGUGUUCAUUCAUGGGUUUAUGUGCAGAGAUUCUCACCCAUUGUGAAUAAGAAUACACCGUCAGUAAACAUUUCCCCAGUCUACUUUAAGAUGCUGGAGAGAAAUUCUGAAAGUACCAGUGCAUUAGACUGUCAAGAACAGGAUAAUUAUCAAAGGCUAGGUGAGAUAUCUUCAGCCGAUCAUCCUCCCACGGAUGAUAAGAUCAGUAUACUGCGUGGGUUCAAUGACAUCGCUGCAACUGCGAAUGGGGAGGAAAGUUCUAAGUUGAAGCAGGAGAGGUCUUUCAUCAGGUCAUGGCUUAUUGGGCAGCUAAAGGGAAUCUCCUCCCAGAUUGCCCAACUUGAAAUAAAUACAGUGCUUCUGCCAUCUGAAACAUUGCUUCACUUUCAAGUGAUUGAUCAAACAAGAGGCAGACCUGUUGAUCUUAUCUACCUCUUGACGGUUACCUCUGAUUUUGGUGUCAAGCACAAGAAAAUGGAACCUGUCAUGGCAAUUGAAUAUGAUAUUGAUAACUUCGAACAGGUUGUUCAGCAGUUGGACUUUAAUAGAGCUAUAUCCCUUGAUUCAACAACGGAACGAGCAAACAAAUAUUUUGAAAAAAGUAUCUCUUCUUUCAGUUGGCUGGAGAAUGAAUUUUCUGAUAUAAAAAAGAGGAUAAGUGUCCUUUUAUCUUCAACAUCUCUAAAGAAAAUCAGUAGAAUAAACUUCCCUUCCCCAGGAAAUGUUCUUAUCUAUGGCCCUCCAGGUUCUGGGAGAACAACCUUAUGCAAAGCUGUUGCAAGACACUUUGAAGAACAUAAAGAAAUUUUAGCUCAUGUGGUUUAUAUAGACUGCUCAAAGUUAGCUAUUGAGAAUAACAAGAAGCAACUUCAAGCAAUUGCAGAGUAUAUCUAUGAAGCUAUUGUCCACUCUCCCUCAAUCGUAUUAUUUGAUGAUCUGGAUAGUCUAAUUUCAUUCUCCCCAGACAACCGAAAAUCUCAGUCCUCUAAUUCUGGUGCUAUUGCGAAAUACUUGGUAGACGUGAUAGAUGAGUACAGAGAUAAAAGCCAUGGCAUGUGUGGAUAUGGGCCUGUUGCAUUUGUGGCUUCAGUUAAGUCACUUAAGUGCCUUCCAGAUGAGUUGACUUCCUCAGGGAGAUUUGAUCUUCAUGUACAAGUUCCUGGUCUGUCUGUACCUGCGCGUAUAGAGAUACUGAGGCAGACAAUUGGCAAGCUUCACUUAGUAUGUUCUGCGGAAAUUGUCAGUGAUAUUGCGUCGAAAUGUGAUGGUUAUGAUGCAUAUGAUUUGGAAAUUAUGGUUGAUAAGGCUGUGCUGGCUGCUUCUGAUCGUUUGCUUGGGUCUUCUAGUGUAAAUCUGGUGGAGGAAGACUUCCUGAAAGCCAUGAUGGACUUUUCUCCUGUUGCAAUGCGUGAUAUUAGUAAAUUUUCUCCUGAAAGUAGCAGUGGAUGGGAAGAUGUUGGAGGACUUUCCGAAGUUGUAAAUGUUAUAAAAGAGACUAUUGAAUUGCCACUAAAAUAUCCGAAGUUUUUUACUGCGGCUCCCGUAAGGCUGCGAUCAAACAUCCUCUUGUAUGGCCCAACAGGCUGCGGAAAAACCCAUGUUGUGAGAGCUGUAGCUGCUGCAUAUUCUUUACGUUUCAUUCCAAUCAAGGGGCCUGAAUUGAUGAAUAUGUAUAUUGGUUCUACUGAGCAAUAUGUUCGUGAUACGUUUGCAAAGGCAUCUGCGGCAGCACCUUGUUUACUUUUCUUUGAUGAAUUCGAGUCUCUUGUACCACAGCGAGGAAAACAUGGUACACAAGUUACUGAUCGUGUUGUCAACCAGUUUUUGACGGAAUUAGAUGGUGUCGAAGCUCUGACAGGAGUAUUUGUAUUUGCUGCCACCAACAAGCCACGUGCAAUUGAUGCUGCACUAUUACGACCUGGAAGAUUUGAUCGGAUUGUGUUUUGUGACUUUCCCCAACGGAAUGAGCGUCUGGACAUUCUCAGGGUGCUCUCCAAGGAGCUUCCUCUGGCAAGCGAUGUCGAUCUGGAACCAAUCGCAUCAAUGACUGAAGGGUUCAGUGGCGCUGAUCUGAAAGCUAUACUCACAGACGCUGGGCUGCAAGCUGCCAAGGAGGCCGUGCAACGCCAAUCUGGAGAAGCUUGUAGCAGUACUCCACAAGGGCCGCCUGGUAUCACUAGAGGAACUCUCAUGUCUGUUGCUUCAGAGGCCAGACCAUCAACCUCAGAGGAGGAUAGGAUGAGCCUGAGGCAGCUGUUCAACCAAUUCUCAACCUCAAGGAAGUCUUCAAUUUCCACCCAGAGAAGGGAAGCUAAUGGCCAGACCCAAAGGGUAGCUGUAGCUGAGUCAUGAUAAAUAGUUAAUGGAAACUCUGCCUCGUCCAUUGGCUUGAGCGCUCCGUCGUGCGGAUGGCGUGCGACUCCAUCUCAGCCUGGCGUGCGACUCCAUCUCAGCCUGGCGUGGGGCUGCGAUGAACCGGGUGAAUGUUCUAAAUUAAUCAGGCAUGAUAUAUUUAGUUAUUAGACGACCCGGAUGACGACUCCAUCUCGAUGAUGCAUAUCUUCACCAAACCGUUGUCUCUUCCUUUGUUUAUAGGUUGUAGAUGCAAUCUUAACCUACUGAAAACUUCAGGUUACAGCUAAGAUUGAGGAAUGGUUUAAGACUU